AUGUGGAAUCAAACAAAGCUGCCUAAGGUGGAGGUGAGCUACGCACAGAAGAUGGUGGCGAAUGCGAUUCCGAAUGUUGUGCACGAGAUUCAAAUCUCCAACUCCAAGAUCCCCGAGUGGAAUCUGAAGAGGAGUAAUGCAGUGAAGCGGGAGGCCGAAAUCCUUGCAAAGUUUGCACCUUUGCAAGGGUUCUUCCCUCAUCCCGCCCCGGUUCAGGGAUGUUUCUUACUUAAAAGAGUAAUUUAA